UUCAACAGCAGAGGAGGACGUUCACAGCUUUAGCUGAGUACUUCUUAGCUGCUCUUGACUUUUAGAAACUGCUCUUUUCUCUCUUCUUCCUCUUUAACUACAGCAGAGCAAACAGAUUCUGUACAAGAUUCAAAACAAUCAUGAAGGAGCUGGUGUUCCUCCUGCUCGUGGUGACCGAGGUGACCUCCAGGACUCGCAGCAGCUGGUGUGAGCUGGGCUGCGACUGUCGAGGAGACCUCAAGUUCACCAUCUGCUCUCGGGCCCUCUUCACUCAGCUGCCCAGCAGAGUGGCCCCUGGCACGGAGCUCCUGGACCUGUCCGACAACCACAUCUCCAUCAUCCCGGAGCGCUCCUUCAGCAAGAACCGCAAGCUCCGCGUCCUCCUGCUGCAGAACAACAACAUCAGCGUGGUGGAGGACGGCGGCUUCUCGCAGCUGGAGUUCCUGCAGAAACUGGACCUGAGCUGGAACCAGAUCUCCAGCCUGACGGAAGGGUUCUCCAUCGGCCUGGCUUCGCUUCGGGAGCUACAGCUGAACCGCAACCGCCUCACGAGCCUGGACAGCCUCAGCUUCGUGCACCUGGACGGCCUCCAGAGGUUAAACCUGACCAGCAACUCCAUCUACACCAUCCAGGUGAGGUCCUUCUCCUCCAUGAGCAGCCUGAGGCACCUCCACCUGGAGGACAACCAGCUGGCCUCUCUGCGGAGCGGCAUCUUCUCCAUGCUGCGCUCCCUGGAGCUCCUCAACCUGGCCGGGAACCGCAUCAGCGAGAUGGAGAUGUCCGUCUUCAAGCCGCUGGUCAGCAUGACUCUGCUCAACCUGGCCAACAACCAUCUGUCCACGGUGUCCUUCGAGACGUUCAAGAGCAUCCACACCUACAGCACCCACAUCCUGCUGGAGGGGAACCCCUGGAACUGCGACUGUGACCUGCAGAGGCUCUUCUGGAAGCUGCGCAGCAUCCAGAGGCUCUUCCUGGAUGACUACUACAACCUGACCUGCGAGGCGCCGGCCGUCCUGCAGGACUACCGGCUGAUGGACGUGGACACGGAGCUGUGCAUCGCCGAGACGGUCACCGUGCUCAUCAUCACCAUCACCGUGGUGAUCACUCUGCUGGCCGCCAUGCUGAUGGGCGAGAGGAAGAGGAAGAAGAAGAAGAGGGGAAGCACUGGACGCAGCAGGGGGAGCUCUCAGAUGAGUCUGACUACUGACGUCCACUGACUUCACCGUCCCUCUGUCCCUUGUAUCCGUCUUCGUUUGCACCCACUCAGGUUGCCGGUUAAAUCCCUCGGCAGCAUCUGCACGCCUGGAGAGAGAUUUUGGAUUGUGCAGUUUAUCUUUUGGGGUUCUUCACAUCUGCUUUGCACCCAGAAGCUGAGAGAAGCUUUUUAUUUCACUCACACAGCAUCUGCUUCACAAUAAAAACACUUUAUUGAACUGCAUCAUAUUUACAUUAGUUUCCCUCCUGUAAUAAAGAAAUGUUUAUUUUCUAAUAAAACCUUUGAAGAGCAAAUAUAAUUUUUUAUGUGAAUGGAUGUAAUGAAGCGGUCGCAUGUUGUUAAUGUCCCUGAUGUGACUCUUACUUUGGAAAAGCAUUAAAUGGGAUGUUGUGACA